AUGUGUUGGCCAACAUUCCUCUUCCUAUGGUUCUCUGCAAUCAGUCUUGCCUUAUUGGAAGAGAGAUUCGUCGCUUUUGACAACUCAGCUGGAGCUGUUCCGAUUCACGAUGCGGCGAUUGUGUUUGCCUCCGAUGACACUGUCGGUGUUCGCAUAGCCGUCGACAGCAUUGUUGGGGACAUUGAGCAGAUUACUGGCAAACGACCUGCUGCAUUUGGAGUCACCGAAGAAAAUGCUACGGUGCCUAACUUUGGUCGAAAUAUCAUCAUUGCCGGCACACUCGAUUCAAGUCUGCUGAAAGGGCUUAUUCGAACUGGGAAGUUAGAGAUAUCUGACAUUAAAGGCAAAUGGGAAACAUUCAAAACGACUAUUAUCGAACAGCCCUGGACCGGGGUUGACAAGGGCUUGCUGAUAGCAGGAAGUGACAAGAGAGGGGUGAUGUUUGGCUUAUAUACGCUGGCUGAGCAGUGCGGGCAGUCGCCGCUUCAUUGGUGGGCUGAUGUGCCAGCCGAGAAGCACAAGGAGAUAUAUGCGCUACCGGUGACCACUAUUCAUGGCGAGCCUAGUGUCCGUUAUCGUGGGCUAUUUAUCAACGAUGAAGCACCAGCACUCACUGGUUGGUGGUCCAAGGUCAAUGGAGAGAAUCACUAUCCUCUCAAUACUGAGUUCUAUCGUCAUGUCUUUGACAUGCUUCUAAGACUGAAAGCCAACUUCAUGUGGCCUGCUAUGUGGAAGUCAUCCGUACCGAAGCCCGGCAAUGUCUUCUUUACUGAUGACCCAGGCAAUAUUCAGCUGGCAAAUGAUUACGGCAUUGUAAUCUCAACAAGCCACCAUGAGCCUAUGCAGAGGGCGACGAACGAAUGGAAUGAGACCAUGGUGGGUCCAUGGGACUGGGAAGAGAAUAAAGCAAACGUGACGGCCUUCAUGGAAGAUGGGAUUCGCCGCACUCGCAUGAAUGAAUCAUACUAUACCCUUGGUAUGCGUGGCCCAGGGGACGGUCCUAUCCAGGGAGAUGAUCCUAUCGGAGUCCUGGAAGACGUGUUUCAAACCCAGCAGGAAAUGUUUAGCAACUCCUACGGCAAUGCUUCUACAGUCAACAAGGUUUGGACGAUCUACAAGGAAGUUAUGACAUAUUACGCUGCAGGACUUACGCCCCCGGACGAUGUCACUCUCAUGUUCACCGACGACAACUGGGGAAACAUCCAGAGAUUACCGCUUGCAAACGAGACCACUCGAUCAGGCGGUAUAGGACUUUACUAUCACCUGGAAUACGUCGGUGUUCCAAAGUCAUAUAAGUGGCAGAACACAAAUAACCUGCCAAAAGUCUACAAGGAACUGUCGCAAGCGUACGAGCGUGGAGCUGACCGCAUCUGGGUGAUUAACGUUGCUGAUAUCAAACCCCUUGAGGUACCGUUCGGCUUUGUGAUGGACUUGGCUUGGAAUACGUCGAGCAUCUCUUUCGAAUCGAUACCAAGGUACCUGAACGCACUUGCCACGAGAGAAUUUGGUUCGGAACAAGCGGAGGAGAUCUCUUCGAUCAUCAUGGAGCAUAGUAGAUUGAUCGGAAGGCGCAAGUACGAAGCUACCCAGGCGAAAACAUAUUCCGUACUGCACUACAACGAGAAUGAGCGAGUAUUGUCUGAGUGGCGAUCAUUGGCCCAAAGGGUCUCGAGCGUGGCUGGCCUAAUACCCGGAGAUCGGAAAGAUGCCUUUUGGCAUCAUGUGCAGUACCCCGUCCAUUCUGGAUACACGUACCACGCUGUGGUGCUCGGGCUGGGGCGCAAUCAGCAGAUUGGCUUCGAGAAGCGUAAUUCCGCCAAUGCUGUUGCGUCGGAGGUGUUGCAACACUUCGAGUCGGACUUCGACCUCAUCGAACAGUAUGACUCCAUUGCUGGGGGCAAAUGGACGGGAAUCCUCGCGCAGCCCAAAUAUGACCAGUACGGCACCGCCAGUCGUGACUGGUCUGAGCCGACGAAAGAUGUAGUAACCGGGCUCUGGUACGUACAGCUGCGCCAGAACUCUACAUAUUCCUUUGGAAAUCUUGGGAUCUACGCCGAGGGGUGUGAGAGUGCGCAGAAUCAAGGUCGAAGUCUUCCGUCGGUAGAUGAGUCUGCACCAACAGGGCAGUCCGCCAGUCAACGCGCAUACGCACCCAUUUUGCCCAUAAUGGAUCCCUACGGAAAAGGCGUUUGGAAUGUUGACCUCUUUCAUCGUGGGGAUUACCGCGUUCCGAUUAAGUGGUCGACCGAAAUCCCUUUCGAUUGGAUCGUCGUGAGCCCAUCGUCUGGUGAAAUCUCACAGGCAGAGCUUGAGCAAAGACUCAACGUUUCCAUUAUAUGGGACAAAGUUCCUUCCGGAUUUCAAGAAGAGGUCAGCUUCAAGAUAAAUUACAACACAGUUCCUUGGUUUGAUCUUGUCCGCCUCCCAAUCGUCAACUACCAUGUACCUGACGGUUUCACUGGCUUUCCCGAGACCUCAGGCGUCAUAUCUAUCGAAAGUCCUCAUUUCCAGCGAGCAUCGGAAGGGGAUGUCAGCUUCGCGUCUAUUCCAUAUCUUGGAACUCGCAGUGACUCAGGGUCUUUGGCCCUCCGACCCUAUAAAGGUGCACGGGAUUCGAUCACAGCAGCCCAAGCAGCCUGGGUAGAAUACGACAUCUACCUCUACAACAAUUCUUUUCCACUCAAUGCUACCAUUUACGUCAACAGUGCCUUGGAUACUGACCCAACUCUGAAAAUGCAGUUCUCAUUAACACUAGACGCGAACGACACAGGCAUAGGCUGGACUCGGCUACUUGGAGACCCAGCCAAGCCCGGAGACACACCACCCGGAUGGUCGUCAACUGUCGCUGAUUAUGUAUGGACGAGGAACAUCACCUUUGGGAAUAUCACUGCUGGAAAACACACUUUGCGGUGGCAAGCCAACUCACCUGAGGUGUACUUGGAGAAGAUUGUUCUCAACACGCGGGGCGGGUUGAAGAGCAGCUACCUAGGCCCCUCAGAAACCACCUGGCUCCAGUAA